GAUGACUCUUCCAGCCAGCCAGCCACUCGGACAGAGCCAGACAGCCUCGUUUGGGAGGAAGCUGGAACCCUAAUCCCAUUGCCAGCUCUCAAAUUCCAAUUCCAAUUCCAUUUCCCCCCUUUAUAUAACCACGCAAUUAGGAGCAUUUCCCGAUCGAUUCCAUUCCCGUGCCACCGUCGCCGCCUAUCUACAUCGGCCGCCCCAUCGCCGAAAAAUUCCCCAGCGCAGGCACCUACCCCUGCUCAAUCCUCAUCCCAAUUCUCAUCUUAUCCUUUCCGUUCUCUUUAUUGGAAUCUUGCCUUCUUCAUCAUCAUCCUGUUGUUGGUGUUGUUUGUCCUUGUCCUCCUCCACACACACACGCACACCAAGAAAUUGCAGCGCAAUUUGGGGGCGGAUUCGAGUAGACAGAAAGGCGGGUUGGUCGCCUGCUUGCUAUCCGCUUUUUCCCUUGGGUGGAUUGCAUUCGCGUGCUCCUGCUCUCCGGUCAGUGGUGUUCCUUGAGCUUGCACCGUAUCUUGCUUCGCUCCGAGACGGGGCAAUUGGGGCCGGCUCCACCUCAGUUCGUUGCCUCCCUUGUUGGGGCAAUCCAAGGAUUCCAGGAUGCGCGACGCCAUGGCACUUCCAAGGCACCAUUAGUUCGCCCGACACCGUUGGUGUGAGAUUUGUUGCUGCCUGUUGGAAGCUGAGAGGUGCGUGCAGUCGAAUUUAUCGGGAGCUUGAUUUGGCGAGCGGCGGUGGGGGAGCUGGAGAAGGCAGCAGGAUGUCUUUCAGGAGCCUAAUACAGGAGAUGAGGGAUGAGUUCGGGAGCAUGAGCAUCUCGAGGCACGGCCUGCGGUCGUCCCGGUCGCACCGUGGCGCCGGGCACACCCCUCGGGCGUCCGCCGUGGGGCCGGCGGAGGCGCUGCAGCAGAGCUGCUGGACGCGGCUGCCCCCCGAGCUCCUGCGCGAGGUGCUGGUGAAGAUCGAGGACUCGGAAGGCUGCUGGCCGUCCCGCCGGGACGUGGUGUCGUGCGCGGGUGUCUGCCGGACCUGGAGGGGCAUCAUGAAGGAGGUCGUGCGCGUCCCGGAGGCCUCCGGGAAGCUCACGUUCCCUAUCUCGCUCAAGCAGCCUGGCCCAAAGGAUGGUACUCUUAGAUGUUUCAUAAGAAGGAAUCGGACUACUCAGACAUAUUCUCUCUAUAUUGGACUCACUGAAGCACUAGCUGAUGAUGGGAAGUUCUUACUUGCUGCACGCAAAUGCAGAAAGGCCACAUACACAGACUACCUCAUUUCCCUUGAUAUGGGUGAUAUGUCAAAGGGUAGCAGCACCUAUAUUGGCAAGCUAAGGUCAAAUUUUCUGGGAACAAAGUUUACUGUCUAUGAUGCCCAUCCUCCUUAUGACGGAGCUGUUGUCUCGAAGAGUCGAUCUGCACGUGUGAUUGGUUUGAAUCGGGUCUCCCCAAGAGUUCCUGCUGGAAAUUAUCCAGUUUCACAUAUUUCUUAUGAAUUGAAUGUUUUGGGCUCCAGAGGUCCAAGAAGGAUGAACUGUGUUAUGAAUUCUAUCCCCGCAUCAGCUGUUGAAGAAGGAGGGAAAGCUCCAACGCAGACUGAAUUCCCUCGUAGUAACCUCGACUCUUUCCCGUCAAUUCCAUUCUUCAGAUCUAAAUCUGCUCGGAUAGACAGUACAGCUUCCCAGCUACCCACUCAGAUGGAAGAGAAAUUGGUGCUCAAGAACAAGUCUCCCAGGUGGCAUGAACAACUGCAAUGUUGGUGCCUCAAUUUCCGUGGACGGGUGACCGUUGCCUCGGUAAAAAACUUUCAGCUGGUGGCUUCGGACGACAAUGGACCAGCUAACCAGGAGCAUGACAAGGUGAUUCUCCAGUUUGGAAAGAUAGGCAAAGACUUGUUCACCAUGGACUACCGCUACCCGAUAUCAGCAUUUCAAUCAUUUGCGAUCUGUCUGAGCAGUUUUGAUACCAAAAUUGCUUGUGAAUGAGACAAGGUUCUGGAAAACAUUGCCAUCCCUUGGAGUGAUGCUGAAGCUGAAGGAAGAAGUAAUGCUGAAGCUGAAGGAUUGGGUAAACGUACCAUCCCUUGGAGUGGUGCUGCGGUCGGUGUACAUAGCUAUUUCAGUUUAUUUUCCUUUCUGAUUAAUAUACGGAGUACAUUCUUUGCCGGUGCCGGCAAUUGAAAGAUUAGAGUCUUUUCCCCGGAGUGGUGCAGGCUUGCGUUGUGUGGCCAUGGCCAAAGAUAGUUUGUCGCUUGAUGAGUUUAUAAAAGAGUGAGCCAACGUUGCAACUUGCAAUUGGGUUAGCUUCCAGGGAUGGGUUCGUGAUGAGAUUUAAGAGUAAAUUCCUGUGUUACAACUUACAAGUGCAUGUUCAGUGCGUUGCAAAUCAGAUGCGUGGUUCAUGUA